AUGGAAGAAGUGUCGCAAAAUGGAAGGGAAAACGAAAAGGUCGAAAAGAAGUCGAAGAGUCGGUUUAUGAAGAAGCUCUUUAAGGACAAAGACAAGGAUGGGAGGACGCCCGCGGACGAGGAAGGGAAUUUGAACGACUUUCUCCAUGGACCUGCCGACAAGUUGCAUAUGAUGCCACCCGCGUCGCCUGGAUUUCCUCCUACCUCUCCUGGCUAUCCUCCCCAGAGAUCACCGAGUAUCCCGCCAAAUCCACCACCGUUAACACGAAUCGAUACCUCGAGUGCUCGUCGAUGGCCUACUGCCGCCGCAGUGACAGGUGCGAAGCAAAUUGGGCGAACACCGAGCCCGAAGCGCAAUAGGAAAGGUCUUAUUGUGCGGUUCACAAAUGAAACACCAGAAUUUAUUGGAGAAGGGGGUGACGAAGCUGUUGAUCCAGUCAUAGAAAUUGGCCACAGACGAAGAGCGCCGACAAAUGGACGUCAAGCCAGUCCGCUCCCUCCUGUUCAGUCACAGCAACCAUUAGAUUUCGGCUUCACAAGCAAUGGCUCCUUGAAUAAAGGCUCUUCCCAGGUGCCACCAAAAGCCGAAUCUAAUGACGACUUCCGGCCUGGACCUCUUCGUCGGACAGCAACCGGAUUCCAGUCGGUCCAGAGUUCAAACCACUCGACUGACAGUCUUGUGAACAGCUAUCGUAACAGUCCAGGAAGUUCAUCGUCGAACCUCCCUGCAACAGGCAACGAUCAUUAUGAACCGACGUCAUUUGCAGCGAGAGUGCGAGCCGAAAUGCGAGGAGGUGAAGGCAAGGCAUUGGUCCAAGCAGCUACAAGCUCUCCAAUGGCUGCACACUCCCUCGACGUGCCUGGAGAAAGUGAUUCCGAUAUGAGUCCUCAAUUGAAAGAACUUCGGAUAAAUACGAUACGGAACAGUUAUAUUUCUUCAUCUCAAACUAACAUAGCUCCUGCACUACAAUCUCAAAGUAACAUACCUCCUUCGCUGCAACCGGCCGGUGGAACAUCUAUAUCAUCCGAGAGAUCAACACCUAUCACACAAAGCCCACCUUCUCUAUCUCGUGCUUCGACUUUGCAGGGUGUUGCCAUGGCUGUCGCUGAUGAGGCGCUUCAGGAAUUCUCUGCUCGCGUUUCGCAUCUAUUCAAGUUGUUCCGCUUAUCUACCGAAUCCGUGAAGCCUCUAACCGUAUGCUCAGCGGAAGAGCUGGCAAGGCUUUCCUUGUGGUGGUUCAUUAAAGGUAGGAUGAAUCUAGAAGCAACAGUGCGCGAGAGACCAACAAGCCCCGAAAGCCAGCAGCGAAUGCGUUCUGUACGUCAACAAGCUCACACGGAUCUGGCAAAAUCGCUAUGGAUUGUGAAGACGGUGAUGGAGCAGCAUCCAGACUUUGCAGAUCCCUUUGCAACUAAUGAUGGCGAUCGAAACCAGGACAACGUUGCAGAGGCACGUCAAGGUAUUAUAUCCAAUUUGAAAAAGUUGACCAUGUCGAUGAAGCGAAAUGGCUUUUUACCACCGGACGGUCGAGAUGCGCCACUUCUACAAGUCUUGGACAACUCCAUGUGGACACAAGAGGAAGGAAAUAAGUCGUUGGUUGCCAGCCAGCGUCAUACCCUAGCGCUGUCUAUACCGGAAGCGUUUCCACUGGGAGAUUCGAGCAAGACUUUUUCAUUUUCUAGGAUGUUCGCUGAUGGGAUUCUUGAAGAAGCAGCCGCUCAACAAUAUUAUCGGUGUCCUGUUCUAGUUUCGCUGGUGCGUAACCAGCAGGAAAAGGAGCUCAUGAUAAUUGUUGCUAGCCAAGAUGGCGGGAUAAAGCUCUGCAUAUCUGCAGAUAAAUCUCGCGGACCUACAUGGCAGGAUGUUACAUGGCAACAGAGAGGAAACGCACUUCGGGUAGAGUUACCUCGUGGUUUCACCCUGCGUCUCAACUUCUCCGAGCCAGACUUCAGAUCUCUCUGGGUUGGCUAUGAUUAUCAAUCGAAAAUUCACGCGAGCCUGGAGCAGCGACCUGAUGAAGUGUUGGUUUAUGAGAUAGUUCUGAGGAGCUUUCAAUACAUCGAUACCGAUCCUCAAUCGAGAUUCCCCAAGGAGCCACUCCCUAGCUGCUUUUUCAGGCUCUUUGAACGAACCCACAACGAGAAAGGCACUGCUGGGAUGAUGACAAUGCACAGAGGGUUUCGCGUUGCGAUGACUACGCAUCCUAGAACAAAAACCAUCCGAGGAAUAGACGAGAUUAUGUUGCCAAAUCUACCGAUACAGUUUGGGUUCCUUCGUGGAGAUAAUGGACAGCCGGCAAUGCUGCUCAAGAUCGUAACUUCCAGAUCAAAUUAUAAAAUGAUUAUGACAUUUGACGAUCCUGGGCAAAGAGCCCGGUUACAUCAGCUGCUUACUGGAACCUCGCUAGGCCAAUCUGAAGAGGUGGUCGCAGAGGCUCCAAUGAAGGCUUUCUCACUUAUUGGUGCGUCCAGUGACCCCAAAGAUCUGAAUUGUCUCAAGACGUUAGACUGGAAAGGUUUCCGGGUCAUCAAUGAAGAGGAAGGUGAUUUCGAGAGUAACAAGACUGUUCUCUCGGAGCAUCUGCGCGUCGUGAUGGAUUUCAAAACAGGUAGUCUUACCGAUAGAAUCAAUGUCGGAACAGGAGAGCUGAAAAUCCGUCUUGACGUGAAGAGCUCCAAGCAGCUGAAAAUAUUUCGAGAGCCUCAAGAAGACAUCUCUUUAUCUGUCAUUGAGUCCCAAGUAUCCCAUGAACUACCACAUGAACUUGCCGAUGUCCUCAAUGUUGCCUCAAAGUCACAUACCAUUCGUACCUAUUUAUUCCCGGGGCUCUCCGACCUCCAUCUAUUCCAAGCGGCGAUAACGGGGUUCGUCGUACAGUACGACGGUAUGGCAACUUCUUUCAACAUUGCGCGCAGGCGAAUGGUCGUCCCUAUCUAUAAGAAGUGGGAUGCCAUGUCCACGCGGCUGCAAGUGGUGAGACGGCAGAAGGUUACACAACUGCUCGCUUUUUUCGAAGGGUUUAGUCAUGGAGACUGUAUGAGUUUCCAACUCAAGUCGACGGACAUCUUUGAGACUUCUGGUAAAACCGGAAAGUACACAUUGCGAAUUGUGGAUUGCAAGUUUGCGAUGCCUAAAGCUCCUCAGACAGGUGGAGAAACGGGUGCGAGCGACCACGAAUUUGUGUGUCUGGAUGUUCCAGAAUACCCUGGAGAACACGAUGAUAUUACGAUUGUUUUUGAGACAGAAUCUGAACGCGAUAAGUUUGUGCAGGCAUUACCAGCACCAGUGAAGGGCGCAUCACGCAUGGGAUCUGUUCGCAAAUAG